CAUGAAAACAUCAUCCGACAGGAGUGUGAAAUCCUUGAAGAAGUCCAGUAAAACAGGCAGGACACGCAAACAGAGCAGCACGAAAUAUUCUGCCUACAUCUACAAGAUUGAGAAGGAGCUGUCUGUUGACGUGAGUGACGCCAUCUCUCUGAUGGGACGCCGGGCAGAUGUGCACGCGCAGGUGGGCACCGAGGCCGCGCGCCUCUCCAAGUUCAACCGGAGGCGCGUGAUCACGCAGCGAGAGAUCCACGCCGCCGUGCACGCGCACCGGGGCAAACCGUCUGAGUGACCGCUGGAGAUCAAUGAUACACUUUUAGACUGGCAAAUUAAUAAAGAGGCUUUGUUUU